GGCUGUGAAGGGGGUAAACAUGUCGCCGUCCGGUCUUUUGCGCGCGGAGCUGUGGCUGAGUCGAGCCAUGAGCCGCCGCGUUUUGGAGCCUGGCUGCCCCACGAAGCGGUGGCUGUUUCCCUGGUGCGGCCGGCAGGUGGCUGGCCUAGGGAACCCGGGACUGCCCGGCACGAGGCACAGCGUCGGCAUGGCGGUGCUGGGACAGCUGGCGCGGCGACUGGGAGUAGCGGACAGCUGGACGCGUGAUCGGCGCUGCGUCGCCGACCUUGCCCUGGCCCCGCUCGGGGAUGAUGCCCAGUUGGUCCUUCUUCGUCCUCGGCGGCUCAUGAACGCCAACGGGCGCAGCGUGGCCCAGGCUGCCAAGCUGUUUGGACUGACUGCAGAGGAGGUAUACCUGGUCCACGAUGAACUGGACAAGCCCCUGGGGAAGCUGGCUCUGAAGCUGGGGGGCAGUGCCAGGGGCCACAAUGGAGUCCGAUCCUGCAUAAGCUGUCUCAACUCCAGUGCAAUGCCAAGGCUGCGGGUGGGCAUUGGGCGCCCGACGCAUCAGAGUGCAGUACAGGACCAUGUCUUGGGCUGCUUCUCUCCUGAUGAACAGGAGCUUCUGCCUCCGUUGCUAGACAGGGCCACCGACCUGCUCCUGGAACACAUCCGUGCUCGAAGCCAGGGGCCCUCAUCAGGCCCCUGACACCAGGAGACUAUGGCUGUCUGUCUAACCACAAUGCCCACAAAUCCAGCCACGACCACAGAACUGCCAAGCCCACCUGUGGUAUCCACUUUUUAUAUAACUCCUCUUUGGGCUGUCUCUGGCCACUUGCAGAUUCAAGAGGUGGCCAAAACAGCUCAUUUCUAGGAUAGAGGGCUGGUCUUCUCUCCACUUGCUGCUUGGGAUGCAGGAAACGUUUAAGGAAAACUAAACUUUUUGAACCUUUUUAGAGAGGCAGGCAUGUAAACCUGUAAGAUUAAAGAUGCCAGUGAA